GUGUGGGGGUGGGGUGGGGGGGGAUUACUAUCAAUGGAAGAAUCGAUUCUUAAAAGAUUUACAUAGUGACAGAGCUACAAAAAAAGUAAAUUUGAUUUGUUGCCGCAACACCGGAUGGACCGACAGACGGACGAGUAAAUGACAGGUAGGUGGGUGGAUUUUCCCGCGAUGGCCGUUCGCGCCGCCCACAAUUAGCUUAAGGCCGCUUAUGGGCUCAACUAAUUGGCUCGGUGGCUUCCAAACUGGCGUCGGACACUUUGUGCCGCGAGCGGAGCCGUACAAGCUUCCCCGGGACUAAGCGGCUGACAACUUGUGAGCUCGUGGCCGCAAGCCAUGUCGUGGCCCGACAGAUGCGGAGGGUGAGUUAGCGUAGCCGCAAAUUCCGAGCGCUAAGGUCGGUGUUCCGCCGCGUCAAGAUGCCCUUCAUGCCGGUAAAGUUCAACCUGCAGAAGCGGGUCAAGCUGGCCCAGGGUCUGUGGAUCCUCUACUGGACCUCGGUUCUGGUGGGCGUCCUCCUCUUCGGCUUGGGCGUCUUCUUCAAGGUGGAGCUGCGCAAGAGAAGCGAGCUGAUGGAUGAGAGCGAGAGCCACUUGGUGCCCAACCUGCUGAUCGGGGCCGGGCUGCUGGCCUGCGUCCUCAACGCCUUCGGGGCUAAAGUCUGCCACGACUCCCUGGACCCGCUCAAGUACUCCAAGUGGAAGCCCUUGUUGAGAAGGUUCCUGCUGCUCUGCUGCGCUUUCAACGUUUUGCUGCUGCUCCUGGCGCUGCUCUGCUUCCUCAUGCAGUUCGCCGUGUACCUGACGCUGUCCCAAGGUCUGAAGAACAGCAUCCGCUUCUACAAGGACACGGACACCCCGGGACGCUGCUUCAUGAAACGCACUCUGGACUUGACGCAGAUCGAGUUCCGCUGCUGUGGCAAUGUCAACUUCAGGGACUGGUUUGAGGUUCAGUGGAUCAGCAACCGCUACCUGGACAUGAGCAACGAUGAGAUCAAAGAUCGCGUCCUGAGUAACGUGGACGGAAAGUUCCUGAUGGACAGCGUUCCGUUCAGCUGCUGCAAUCCGGGAUCUCCUCGACCGUGCAUCCAGCACCACCUGACCAACAACUCGGCCCACUACGACUACGACCACCGCACGGAGGAGCUCAACAUCUGGACGCGGGGCUGCCGCGAGGCCCUCUUUUCCUACUUCAGCGGUUUGAUGACCAGCGUCGGCGUGCUCGUCAGCGCCACCGUUCUGCUGGAGUGCGCAGACAUGGCGGGCAUGAAGUACCUGAGCACGGCUUUGGAGACCAUGGCGGACCCCGAGAACCCCGAGUGCGAGAGCGAAGGCUGGCUGCUGGAGAAGAGCGUCAAAGAGACGCUUGUGGAGGUGCUGACCAAAAUCAAGACGCUGGGCAAGUCCAACCACGUCGAGGAAGGGGAGGAGGCCCCCACCUGAGGCCCGUUCCCGCUCCUGGACACACACUGUAAAUAACACAACAAACUAAGGUUGCAUUCACAUCUUCUUACACGACAUUUUUUUAACCUUUGUAGACAAAUACACCCACUGUAAAUAGGUGCACCACAAACAAGAUGGAUGAAUAUAAAACCACGUUCAUCUCCCAUUACAGUUUGA